AUGGCUACAACUCCAGGCAGCCAGAUCCAGGCCUCACUGGAACGAGAGGGACUCUUGAUAGUAAAGGUGGAGGAGGAUUCCUUCUGGGAUCAAGAAACUCCUCCACCUAAGGAAGACACAGACUCGGAGAUCUUCCGUCAGCGUUUUAGGCAGUUCCAUUACAGAGAGGCAGAUGGGCCUCAUGAAGCUUUCAGUCAGCUGUGGGAACUCUGUUGUCGGUGGCUGAGGCCAGAGACCCGAACGAAGGAGCAGAUUUUGGAGUUGCUGGUGCUGGAGCAGUUUCUGACCAUCCUGCCUGGAGGCAUCCAGGGUUGGGUGAGGGAACGUUGCCCAGCAAGCGGGGAAGAAGCUGUAGCCAUGGUUGAAGACCUGCAGAAGAAGCCCAGAAACCCACUGCAGCAGGAAGAGCCCUCAGAGGAGACGGAGACUCAGGGAGGAGGACGAGGGUCCUCAGGCCUCCCGCUGGCACAGGGGGAGACCCAUGCCAAGGGGGUGUCUCAAGAGGAAGGGGCGUGGAGCCGAAAUCCAGGAACAGGAUCCCAGGAACAGAGGAGCCAUGGCUCUCAACAUGCUUCCUGGCUUCCUGCCCUUCUAAAGGAGGGGAGCACCAGAGAGAUGGUGGAUGCAUUUUUUUCCUCCGGGAUCCAUGGACCCGUGACUAUUGGAGAUGUGCCCUUUUAUCUCUCCCGGGAAGAAUGGGGUUGUCUGGACUCUGCUCAGAGGGAGCUCUUCUGGCACAUAAAACGAGAGAACUUCCGCAAUGGCUCUCUGGGUUUGGAGAUGAAGAGCCAGAAUGAGAAAGCUUUCUCUCAGGCUAGUUUGAAAGAAAUAGACCCACUGCCUGGCAGAUCUGGAGGUGACAUGCCCUGGAGCACUGAGGAAGGUGAAGUUUGGGAAAGUGAGAAUAGACCUGAGAGAGAACUGGAACAAGAGGGCCCUGUGGGGGUGAGGAGAGGACGCCCUCCUACACGCAGGAGACAAUUCAGAGACCUGGCAACUGAGAAACCCCAUAGCUGCCAGCAGUGUGGAAAACGCUUCCGUUGGGGCUCAGAUUUGUCACGGCACCAGCGUACACAUACAGGGGAGAAGCCUCACAAGUGCCAGGAAUGCGAGAAAAGUUUCCGCAGCUCCUCAGACCUUGUUCGCCACCAGGGUGUCCACACAGGUGAGAAACCUUUCACCUGUACUGAGUGUGGCAAGAGCUUCAGCCGAAGUGCAUACCUCACUGACCACCAGCGUAUCCACACUGGUGAGAAACCUUAUGAGUGUACUGAAUGUGGCAAGAGCUUCUCCCUCCGCUCCUACCUGCUAGACCACCGUCGAGUGCACACUGGUGAGCGUCCCUUUGGCUGUAGCGAAUGUGACAAGAGUUUCAAGCAGCGGGCACACCUCAUUGCCCACCAGAGCCUCCAUGCAAAGAUGGCACAGUCAGUGGGAUGA